AUGCGUUGGACAAUCCUCUACCAAACUCUGGCUGCGGCCGCCUUGACCCACGCCUUCACCAUUCCACGCGAAAUCACCGCCGAUGGUGUAUACAAAGUGGUCACGCGCGACGACGGAACCGAAGUCCACACCAAAGUCGCGGACAUCGACAUCGAAAGCACUGUGGCAUUGACCUCUGCCGCGGAUGAGCACGACAUCCUCAAGCGCAGCGUCCGCGGCCAGAUCUGGUGCGGCUGCGGCUACACCAUGAACCCGGGCAACUGCGACGCCGCAGUGCAGGAUCUGAAGAAUCAGAUGGGGAAAUACAUCGGCCCCCACUUAUCCUUCUACUCCAUCCGCUCCAACGUCGUCGCCUUCGCGUGCAACCAGGGCUCGCAGAAUGUGUACGCCGACGCCGGCACCUAUGGCACCCAGCUCCAGAAGAUCACGAGUGCUUGUGGGAGAUAUAUUGCCGGAUCAUUGGACCUGGUCGGCGGGAGCAACCCCUUUAUCGUGGGCUACAUGCGUUACAGCAAUGGCCUCGACUUCUGCCGCGAUUCGACGAUCUCUGGGAACAAUCGUUGUUGAGAUGAGUCUUGUGUGUGAUGUUUGAACAUAGGCGGUACGAUGUUUCGGCGAGAUUAUCGGAACGUCCGCUUCGUCCAGGCUGCGGCAAAUGGCCACUAGGAAUGCACGACCUAUCGGUAUCGGAGAAACGGUUUACAUGUCAUAUAAAUCAUAUCCAAUCUAUCAUUCCGUCAUGAU